AUGGGUAUCUUCGACUACGACACGAUGAGUGCCUCCGACUGGGUCGAAACUGUAGUUAUUGGUAUGGUUUGGGCACCAUCCGCGUACUUUUUCAAUUCAUGGGUCAAAGAUCGACCGUCUGGUGCCCUGGUGGGUAUCGUCAGCGUAAUAUUUUUCAUGCUCCAACAGUCCGCCGAAAACUGUCAUCUAUGUAGCCUCCUUUGGCAUUCAUCAUUUGGCGCUCAGACGAUUCCAGCGACUGGAGCAUACUCGGAAGAGACUAUCGCCCGGGAACCAGAUAGCACUAUGCCGCUACUUUCCGCAGUCGCCAGCUCACGCAAUUCUCUUCCCUGCGAACAAGGUGGCGAAGCGGCGAAACUUUCAGUCCAAAUCUCGGCAACUAGAAAGUUUGGUCGAGAACAAUUACUUCAUAUUCGUCUAUACAAGAAAGGGUCCAGCCCAUUCCCGUCGCUGACGAUUGAGGAUGACAGCUCAGUCUCCCAUGAACACAAUUGCGAACAGUCCAACAUGACUGGCUCUAAGCCUAGCUUUCGUUGGGCUCGAGAAAUGGUUGAGAAAUGUGAACGAGAGCACCAAAAUUGUCGUAAUCACUUCAUUCGAUCUGACAGCCAGCGAUACCUUCCUAAACGGCUUAUAGAUGUCCGAGCGAGGGACAAGGGGGUCAUUCAACUCUACGCCGCCCUUAGUCACUGCUGGGGUACGACGGUCAUGUCUGAGCUCAGGGACGACAAUCAAGAAACGACGAAGACAAUUUUAAUAGAGGGCCUGGAUCCAAACUUCCGAGAUGCCGUUGACAUAACUUACAAAAUGGGCAUCAACUAUCUAUGGAUCGACUCGCUCUGUAUCAUGCAACGCAGCAAGGAAUGGGAAGAGCAGUCUGGCGAUAUGGGCCUCGUUUACGCGAGAGCAAAGGUUGUGAUAUCAGCGACAGCAUCCAAGAACUCACAGGGCGGCUGCUACAAACCCAAGGACCUCUUUCCCUACGACUGCGUGCUAUGUAGCAAUUGGAACUGUUCACUCGCUGUUCGCUCGUUGACUAGAUAUCCCGAUUUGGUCCAGCUCUUCGAUGGUAAGGUAGAUCAUUCGUUCCUGGCUAGCAGGAUUGUACACUUCUGUUCGGGGCUGAUGCUGUUUGAGUGCAACACGUUGACUACCUCUGAGUGUCAUGGUGAAGAACACUACCCCCUGAAUACCCAGUUUAGCCAGGAUGGUACUUUGAACGCACCAGCAAUUUCUCCUCCAGGCCCUGAACCAUCCAGACGGCUCUGCAAGAGGACAAUUAUCCGACAUGCCGGGUUUUCUACAAGACCUUCCAGUCGCCCAGCUAAGGACACGGUCAAGAAAAGCUGGUCCGCAAACCCCGAGCAUCGAGUAUGGGCCAAUAGGAAACGGCGCUAUGAAGCUCAAGUGUCGUCUAUAAGGACCAACGCCGCAAGACUGAGUAUGCGGGGGGCUUUCGGCUUCCUUUGGUCUUUCAGAGGACAAAAUAUGCAGGAGCAGGCAGAAUUCCACCUACGAUGGUAUGAGAUGGUGACGAGCUACUCGGUUCGGAACCUUACAAAUGAUGGCGACAAGAUGAUGGCUAUUGCCGGCGUUGCCUACUUCAUCCAGCAGAGCACGUGUUUCAAGUACGCUGCCGGCCUUUGGGACGAGACAUUACCCUUUAAUCUCCUCUGGGUGAUAGAAGCUGCUAUUCCUAAAACCCCAUCGAAUACCGAAGCUAAGGAAAAACUCAAGUCCAACAUUGAGUUAGGUUAUCAACUACAGGACAAGUUGAUACAAUCUUUUGUUGAGGAUUGUCGAGAGACCGACCAGCGCGCGGAUCCCGAUGAGAUAACGACAUUUUGUCAGAACCGAGCGGUCCACAUGGAGAGUUGGUCUAGUAGCGAGAAAUGGGUAGCAAAGAGGAAGAAACUUAAGCUUUUAGAUAAGGAUUUGGACUCUUUAACAAAUGCCACAAAGAGACUUGUAGGGAACGCUACAGGUAUGGCACUAUAG